GUAUUCUUCUGUCAAUACUCGUGCCCAAAAAAAAAUAGUGUUUGUUAGGGAAAAAUGCUAUACAAUUCUUCCAGCACUUAUGAUCGAUGGAAUCAUUGCAUUAGAUAUUAUUGAAGGUAGUUGUGAUAGGAAGCGAUUUGUGGAUUUUAUUUUAGAUCAAAUUAGUUAUGAGGCGUUUGCAUUUUAA